UAGAGGAUUUCUAUAAUAAAAGAAAAAAGAAAAAUUGAAGAAAAGGAAUAGAGUCACUGCAAUGGUCCGAGCAGUUGGGGCAUCAAUACAAUCUUGCAAGGCCAUCAUGAACUAGGGUUUGUUUUCAUAACUUAACAGCUGCGAACCACGAUUUCGACUAAUUAUCUAGAAGAACGAACAAGAAAUCAGACUCAACUCUUCUUGUUCUGCAAGCUCUCCUAAUUUAUUCACCCUCAGCGAAAACAAAUGCUCACCGUCCUCGUAUAAUACCUUGUACUUGAUCGAUCCGACCAUGGCUCUUCCUCUGGGGAAGCUGACGUUAAUCAUUGGAGCAGGCCUUGUUGGGUCAGUUCUUGCUAAAGAAGGACGCUUGCCAAGCGUAUAUGAUGUUUUCUCUGGUGCCUCAAAGGUACUCAAAAUGAUUGGAAACGAUGAUAAGCCUACAUCAACUCCAAAAAGACACAGUGACUCAUUAAUGGCACAGGUGAACAGCCUAAGGCAGGAGCUACAACUCCUGGCAUCAAAUAGACCUGUUACCAUUGUGACCACUAAUGGUUCAUCAGGUGCUAACAAAUAUGGUGUCAUUAUCAUUGUUGUUGUUGUUGGAUACGGAUAUGUUUGGUGGAAGGGUUGGAAACUUCCUGAUAUGAUGUUUGCUACAAAACGAAGCUUAUCUGAUGCCACAAGUGCUGUAGCUAAACAGCUUGACACUGUCUACUCAUCACUUGCAGCUACAAAGAGACAUUUAUCUACAAGGAUUGACCGUGUGGAUAGUAGUUUAGAUGAGGUUGCAGAACUUACUGCUGCUACAAAAGAGGAGGUUUCUUUAAUACGUGGGGAUACAAAAGUGAUUGCUCUAGAUGUUCAAUCUGUACAUAAUGCUGUUUACACUCUGGAGAGUAAACUGAGUAGGAUUGAAUUGAAACAGGAUGACACAAACCUAGGAGUGGCUAAGUUGCUGCGUACUGCAUUAACAAUGGAAAAACAGGCAUCUGUGGAACGCAUUCAGGGAAACCCAUCAAGUUCAUCAAGGCCAGCUCUUGAAUUACCACAGAGGACUCUAUCUUUGCCACCUGUUCAAAUAGAAGAGCUACAACCAUCACCCCCUGUAUCUCCCAAAGCUAAACGACCUUUGGAAACAGCUGUUUCUGCCUCUGGUUUGAAGGUUUUCCAAGAGAAGGCAGUAGAGAGUCCAACACAGGGGCUGAACAUAAACAUUACGGAAGAUGGAAGUACAAGCUCUCGGGUUUUUGGGCGCACAUUUUCGGGUAGAGCCAGAGCUUAGUUUAUUUAGUAUUUGGGCAUUGGGCAUGGCGAGGUCAAAGCUAAGCUGGAAAUUAUGUACAAUUUUCAGAUUAUCAUUGAAUCCAAUUUUAGAUUUUUCAUUUUUCUUUGCUCGUUCUGUUAUCAACUUUAUAAUAGAUGUUUUGUCACAUGGUUCAAAAAUAAUGAGAAUAUAACAUUUUUAAUUUGGCAU